UCUAUCGAGGACCCCAAGAAGGAGCCAUGGCUGCUCCCAUCCCACAUGAAUGGUGGUAUUACUAACUGUUCCUUUGUGUGUCGUAAGCUCUCUCCCCCCCUCUUUUCUUUUCCUCCUCCACCUUUCUCGUGCGUGCUGUGGCUGGUGCCUUUUUCUUGUGAACUAAAGGCCAUGCUUGCUUGAUGAAUCCCAAUCCAACGACCACCUUCAUGUCUUGUUCGCCGUCGGAGCCGCAGCAAUACUUGGAGUUGGAGUCCGUCCGAGAGGUGCCGGACUCCCACGCUUGGCCCGCCCUCGACGAUCACCCGACGGUGUACGAGCCGGUCCCGGUCGUCGACCUCGCGGGUCCGGACGCCUCCGUCGCCCACCUGGCCCGGGUCUGCGAGUCGUGGGGAGCAUUCCAGGUCACCGGCCAUGGCAUCCGCUCGGACCUGCUGGAGCGGCUCGAGUCCGAGACGCGCCGCCUCUUCGCGCUCCCCAUGGACCAGAAGCUUAAGGCGGCCCGCCCGUCCAACGGCAUCUCCGGCUACGGUCUCGCUCGCAUCUCCUGCUUCUUCUCCAAGCUCAUGUGGUCCGAGGGCUUCACCAUCUCCGGCUCCCCUCUGGAUCACGCCCUCAAGCUCUGGCCGGAUGCCGAUCCCUCCCGCUUCUGUGAUGUGAUGCAAGACUAUAGCGACGAGAUGAAGCAGGUCGCGGGACGGGUGGUGCGGCUGAUGCUCCUCUCGAUGGGCCUCACGCCGGAGGAGAUGAAGCGGGCCGAGGAGGGGACGAGGGUGGACCAGUUGUCCGCCGUGUUGCAGUUGAACUCGUACCCGCCGUGUCCGGACCCGAACCGAGCGAUGGGGCUCGCAGCGCACACCGACUCCAGCCUCGUCACCCUGCUCUUCCAGAGCGGCACCAGCGGCCUCCAGCUCCUCCGGCGCCAGGACCAGCACGGCCCGGCGCGCUGGGUGACGGUGCCGCCGCGGCCGGGUGCGCUCAUCGUGCUCGCGGGAGACUUGCUCCAGAUACUAACCAACGGGCGAUACAAGAGCGUCGCCCACCGAGCCGUCGUGAACCGGAACCACCACCGCGUGUCCGUGGCCUACAUCUGUGGGCCGCCACCGCACCACAAGCUGUCGCCCGUCGGGAAGCCGGCAAGUCCUGCGCCAUGCCUGGCCUACAGGGCUGUGUCGUGGGCGGAUUACUUGGCCCUCAAGGCCGAGCUCUUCGACAAGGCGCUGGCGUCCAUCAUGGUGGCGGAGGACUCGAGGGGAGACGAAGGGAUUUGUUGUUAACCACAAUUAACAGAUCGAUGAGGAAUUGUAUGUUGCGACGAUGGAACAUUGGCGCUCAGUAAUUCUGCACGAUUAGUACGCAUACCGUCGCGUUCGAUCUCUUAUGACCUCGGCGAUCGCUGCGGUGGGAGUCCUGGAAUCACGCAUCAUGCUCUAUCAAGCGUACGGUCCAAUCGGUCAUUCAAUCAUGCGUCGCAAACUUUCGGACCGAUGGGAUGGUUGCGGGUGUGGGAGACGGUGGUUCUUGUUUCCUUGUU